AUGAAGUCUAUUUGCUUGUCGCUCCUGCUUGCCGCAGCCGUCAGUUCAAUUGAAAUACCGAUCCAAAGGAGGGUCGUGGCUAGUACUCUCAGUUCGGGAAUUCCAAUUGAUAUUGAUACAACCUCUAAGGCAUUCGUUGGAGUGAUUUCGUUGGGAACUCCAGGUCAAGAUUUCAAUGUGGCGUUUGACCUGAAUACGCCAGCUUUGUGGGUGCCCGACUCUGCGUGCUCUUGCGGCGACAGGUGCAAAGAUGGUAAUAGUUGAACUCUUUGUGCGGACUAAAGUAUAUAACGUUUGAAUGUUUUAAUCCAGAAGACGAAGAAACCAUCUUUUUUCAGAGAAACUUUGCCCCCAGCUUUGUGCUUCCCACUGCUGUACCAAGAGUUUCUCGGCCGACGAUAAGAGUGGCUCAUGCACAAACAAAAACGUUUUUAAGAAACAGAAGUCGCGAUCAUUCGUAGGAGGUAAGGGUGUCGUAAUGCUCUCUACUUGUUUCCCGUCUAUACAUAAAAUCUAUAAGUUGACUCUUCAGGCAACGCGAACGUCGACCUCAAAUUCCUGGGAGAAACGGUGAAGGCCUCUACUGGCUACGACACCCUCAGGAUUGGACCUCAUUAUCGGCCAGGGCUCACCGCCAACAACAUUCAAUUCGGACGUGUGAAGGACUUCAACGAGUACUACAAACUUGUCAACUACGAUGGAGUUUUCGGGCUUGGCUUCGGUGAAGUUGACGAACUCUCCUCUCCCAUCAAACAACUGGCUUCUUAUGGAGUCAUUCCUUCGGCUCUCCUCACCGCCUACAUUUUCAACGAAGGCAAUCAAAGCACUGUUGAUGGUGUUCUGACUAUUGGCCAAGUUGACAGAAGACGCUGUGGAGACGUAGAGGUCUUUGUCGAGACCGUCCAUAACACCGGUGCAUGGGUGUUCAGCUCUCCGUCCUUAAAACUCUCCUAUUACGAGAGAAGCAACGCAAGUUGGCUUGGAGUUCUCGACUUCAACACGGAUUAUAUCCAUGUUCCUCGUACUGCUUUCAGCAUCAUUGCAAGUUACCUGAAGGGCUCCGUUGACAAGGAAGGCCGUAUCACCUAUCCGUGCGAUAAGAAUAGCACUUUAACCUUCAACAUUGGCGGCCAACCGUUUGUACUAAGCACAAAGCUGUUGUCCGAACCUUAUGGUCGGUUACUGUGUCAACUCAAAAUUAGGGGAACAGAUCCCUCAGACAAGUACGCCUUCCGUUAUGGUUUGUCAAUCUUGCAAAACCAUUGUAUCGUUCUUGAUUACAACGGCAGGCUUGCAUUAACUCCUAAGGCUGUCUAAUUUACCGAAUAAACCGAGCAUAAAUCGCACAGCGUUAACCGCAGAGGAUCAUGUUGUUGAAAGGAAACGCAAUAAACCUUUUGUGGCGAAAUCUCAGUUGUUUCUAGAUUUGCUAUGGCUCUAUUUUCGACUAUUCACAGUCCCCAAUAAAAUAAUAUCGAAUACGGAAAUUGUAAAGGUUGCCUGAUCGUGCGGCUUUUUGCACUGCACAGUUCAAAAAGUGGAAAAAUGCACCGUGCGCUGCGAAAAAAGUUUAUCUCCAACUUUGUACAGCAAAAGACAAAAAUUAAAUCAACCGAACUUCAGGCAUCUGCUAUGUUGUCUCCAACCGAAUUAUUAUCUCUCUGUUCCCGCUAAUCUUUUGUAGUAUAAAACUACAGAAUAGUAUGUAAAACCAAAAAAAUAUGGACGUUUCUCGGUCUUCGAAACUGUGAUAAGACACGUAAAUUGCAUCUUAUAAAGGUGAUCAACAGCGACGAAUUUGGUGUGUGCGGUACACCUUUCUUUGAUUCUAACAGGGGAAGUACUCCAAGUGCGACGCUCAGAUUUUGAUGAAACUUGACACAAAUUCAGAAUAAUUUUUUCUAAGAUACAUGCGAGAAUCCUAGCUCGCGCUUUGCAGAAACAACCGAGAUUUUUAGCUCGAAAGUCGGCGAAAAUUUAGGACUUUUUGCCGAAUUUCGGCACGAAAAGUUUCGUGCCUAUUUCAACCGUAAAGGAUAAUGUUUCUACAAAAAAUCAAAUUUUUCCGCACGAAACUGCCAAAGUUAUGGCCAAAAAGCACUUUUCUCUCUGACCGCUCUCCACGUUUAGCGUGCUCUCUCGGCGGCAAAACUCGUUCGAUACCUCGGCGGCGCCCGCACAGCGCGAGCUAAAACUUUCAGGAAUUGAUAUUUAGUCCAUACCCGACGUGUGUGCAAAAUUUAAAGAAAAUCUGAGCGUCGCACUUGGAGUACUUCCCCUGUAAGAUCGAAAAUUUUCUCCCAGCCCCAUCAUCAUAACCACCUAAUGGGAAAGGUUGUCUCCGCCUUAAAAUCGCUUAAAAUAUACUACGACUACAAGGGCGAACUGAGUGGAAAAGAUGGAUGUAAAUGGGCCAAGAACAUUUCAGCGUUCUUUAACGAAUUCUCGGAUGAAGAACGUGCCGAGGUAGCUCAUCUAAAACAAUCAUCAUAUUUUCGGAACUGUAUGGGUGUCUUAAAGCCCAUGACAGUAUGAACCCCCAUGAUUUUUCGGAAAAUGCUCUAUUUUCAAGAUAUCUGAAGGUCCAUAUCCCGAACUUCGCCUACACGCCCAAGCAUCAUUAUAUGCUAAGGCAUUCCCGCAAUUCUUGGCGCGAAUCAUCCAAUUUGGCGACGUUAGUGAGCAAAGCAUCGAGAGUUUGCAUCAUUACACAGUAGAUAUAUACAAAUAGACAACUAAGAGUGAAAGUAUGACAGAUUUCAUGGCUAAAAAGUUCAAACAUGCUUGUGAGAUUCAUUCAUUACGUGUAAACCGCGGCGAAAUUCGAUUCUUGCCAACGACAAGAAACAGAUGCCGACGAAUUCCGAAACCCCCAUACUUAUAUUUUCUCGAAGUUCACUUCAAAUUCAAGCUUCAAAACGCCUGAUUUCUGUACAAAGUAUUAUAUGUGUAAGUCAUGGACUCUGAUCUUCAAUUUGUUCUUCAACUGUUAGAAACACUGAUUUCCUAUUCAAAAAUGGAGAAUGCCGGCAAAAACACUCAGGAAAUGUGGGAAAAGUGAUGCCAAAUGCCCUGUAAAUUUACUACGGCCUGCGUGGGUCUGUUUGCACAUAUUUCAAAGCAUCGAAAAUUAAUUAAUAUUUAGACAGUAAAAAUUUUGAUAUGGAAUGUUAUUUAAUUACGAUGAGGAGGCGUUUUCUGUUAUCACUCUAAUGUAGCAAUGAUAAGCACUCCCACUUACCUUCUGAAAAGCUCAUUAAAAGCACAAAAUAAAAUGAACUUUGUAUAUAAUAAAAGACUGAAAAGGCAAAUCAUUUCUAAAGGACAUCGACCAUGCGACCUCUUUUCUCAAUAUUCUGCUUAAUAGCGGCGGUAAUUUCUAUUGAAAUACCACUACAACGAAGGACUUUAGUUAGCAGCCUCCAACGCACUGCAGGAACCCCGUUAGAUAUCGAUGAGACUUCAAAGGUCUACGUCGGUAUUAUCUCGAUAGGCACCCCAGGCCAGGACUUCAAUGUCGCCUUUGAUUUUAGCAGUCCAGCGCUAUGGGUGCCGGAUGCAGCGUGCUCGUGUGGAGAGCAAUGUGGCAACGGUAUUAUAAAGUCAUCAAUUUUCAAUACUAUUCCAUUUUAGAGAAGCUGUGCCCUCAUCUUUGCUCUUCCCAUUGCUGUGUUAAAAAUGCAAUGGCCAAUGAAGAGAGCGGGCACUGCUCGAACAAAAACGUCUACCAUGUGGAAAAGUCAAGGACAUUCAUAAGCAGUAGGCUUGCCAUAUUUAUAAUGCAUGAUUUUAGAUAACGCAAGUGCUUCCAUAAAGUAUCUGCAAAGCACAUUAAACGCAGAGACAGGCUACGACACCUUCAGGAUGGGCCCCCAUUACCGUCCCGCUUUCACUGCCAACAGUAUUCAAUUCGGAAGGGUCAAAGAGUUCGACCGGCCCUACAAACUUGUCAACUACGACGGUGUUUUUGGUCUUGGAAUCGGCUCAUCGGAUGGGCUGAAUUCCCCAAUCAAACAGUUGGCUCAGCGCGGGAGCAUCUCAACUCCAUUGGUGACCGCUUAUUUGAACAACAACAAGACGGAUGCCACAAGCGAUGGCGUGUUGACCCUCGGAAGUGAGGAUCAAGUGCGAUGUAAAGGCAUCGAAGCUUACUCGGAAGUCAUUCGAAAUGGUGACUGGGCUUUCAAUACGACUUCAUUCUACUUGACAAGCACGUAUGGAGUUAGCGACCCGUUAUGGAUGGUAAAGAAGACUUGUUACCUUAAUAAACGAUUUUUAGGGAAUUCUUGACCUCACCACCGAUUAUAUCCACAUUCCGCCUGCAGCUUUUGUAACUCUCAAAAAUUACCUAAGUCUUCAACAACAAAAAGACGGACAUAUUACCGUCCAGUGCUCACGUUCUGCGUACUUAACGUUCAACAUUGGAGGGCAACCAAUUAGUAUUCUCUCCAAUUAUUUAUACGAGCGGUACAAUGGAUCGCUAUGCUCAAUUAAAAUCAAACAGACGCAGGACCGGGACAAGUACGCGUUCCGCUUUGGAACGGUAUUGUUGCAACGGAAUUGUCUUGUGCUCGACUACAACGGCCGAGUUGCCUUCCCAGAAAAACGUUUUUAA